UUUGUUUUUAUUUUUGUUUUUUCGAGACAGAGUCUUGCUCUGUCACCCACGCUGGAGUGCAGUGGCGCGAUCUCGGCUCACUACAAGCUCCGCCUCUUGGGCUCACGCCAUUCUCCUGCCUCAGCCUCCCGAGUAGCUGGGACUACAGGCGCCCGCCACCACGCCCGGCUAAUUUUUUGUUUUUUUUUUAGUAGAGAUGGGGUUUCACCGUGUUAGCCAGGAUGGUCUCGAUCUCCUGACCUCGUGAUCUGCCCACCUCGGCCUCCCAAAGUGCUGGGAUUACAGGCGUUGAGACACCGCGCCCGGCGCCACUAUUAGGUUUUAGGACCAGGAUUUGAACACAAACACUCUGGCUCUAGAGUCUAUGCUUUUUAACCAUAAUUCUGGGCUGAAUGAAUAAUUGCAAUCCUUCUUUAUCUUCCUCUUUGAAUAAAAUGAUGCUUUGUCACUUAAUAUUCCAUGUUUCAAGAGUCACCAGGACAUUCUGGUGUAGCAUGAAGGUAUGAUAACACAGGAGAAGGAACAAGGAGAGGUCAAGGCUAGGAAAGAACAUUGGGGCCAUACCAUGAGCUGCUGCUGGGAUGUUUUAUUAGGAUUGUGACAAAUGUAUAGAUAAGUACAGAAGAAAUUAACAAUCGUCUCUACUUAGAUUUUCUUUUAUGUUCCUUAAUAGUACCGUAUAGUUUUUAUCCUAUAGGUCCUAUUCGGAAUGUUGUUACAUUUUUCUGGACAUUUGAUGGGUUUUUUUUGUUGCUAUAAUGAAUGGAACUUUUUCUUCCACCAUAUUUUCUGACUAAUAAUUAUAUCUAGGAAAAUUUUUAAUCUUAUGUAUUAAUAAGUACCUUAUCAUAUUUAUAUACACUAAUUUAGUUUAUUAUUUUAUACAAAUUAUAAUUACAUAACAUUCUAUUCUGUGGAUCUGCAAUAAUUUAUUCAACCAUUCUCACCAGUGGGUCUUCACCUGUUUCCUUUUUUUGUGGGGGCAGGAAGGUGACGAAGUUUUGCUCUGUUGCCCAGGCUGGAGUGCAGUGGCGUGAUCUUGGCUCACUGCAAUCUCUGCCUCCCAGGUUCAAGCAAUUAUCCUGCCUCAGCCUCCUGAGUAGCUGGGAUCACAGGCACCUGCUACAACACCCAGCUAAUUUUUGCAUUUUUAGUAGAGCCAGGGUUUCACCAUGUGGGCCAGGCUGGUCUCGAACUCCUGACCUCAGGUGAUCCGCACGCCUCCCAAAGUGCUGGGAUUACAGGUGUGAGCCACCACACCUGGCCUUCACCUGUUCCUAUUUUUUUGGUAUUAUAAACAAUGCUGCAGUGAAUAUCCUUGUACAUAUAUACUAGCACACUCAUGCUUUUAUUUCUGUACGCUAUAGCCAAAGGGACAGGGUAUGUGCAUUUGAAAUGUUAAUAUAUAAUGAGUAUUCCCCCAAAGCUCCAUAACAAUGUAUAGUUCUACCUAGAGUGAAUGAUUGCACAUAUUUCUUCUUACCCUUACCAAAAUUUGAUUUAUUUUAAAUUUUUGUUCAUUUAACAGGUGGUAAUUCUGAAAUUCUGAACUCUGAAUUUUUAAUUUGUACUUCCCUGAAUACUUGUAAAACUGAAAAACUUUUUAUUGCAUUUCGUCUUUUGUGAACUGCCUAUUCAGAUACUCUAUCUUUUAUUGUUUCUAAUAAUUCUUAAUUAAGUUUUUUGGGUUUUCCAGAUGUAUGUUAUAUCACAUAUAAAUAGUAAUAAAUUUGCCUUAAGAUUUCCAAUAUUUAUACCCUUUGCUUUAUUUUCUUGUCUAAAUAUAAUGGCAAACACUUUCAGAACAAUGUGAAAUAACAGAAAUAACAGGAAGCAUCUCUGCCUUGCUCCUAAUAUUAAUAGAAAUUAUCCCAUAUUUUACCAUUAAAUAUGAUGCUGAAAUUUUAUCUGAGAUAUACAUUUCUCCAUUAAAUUGAAUAGUAUUCAUCCAUUACCAUUUUACUUAGGAUUUUAGUGGGAAUUAAUGUAAGAUGUUAUCAGAAGGUAAUAUUGACUUUCUUUUUUGAUCCAGUAGUAUGUUAAUUAAUAGAUUUCCUAAUAUUAAAUCAUCCAAGAAUUUCUAAAAAUGAAACCUUAUUCCAUUUGUCAUGGUGUGUUAUAUUUUUAAUAUCUUGUAGGAUUGUUUAAUUUUUGUGUGUGUGUAAUUUUUGAUUUUGGUUUUCUUGAGACAGGGUCUCACUGUCAACCAGGCCAGAGUGCAGUGAAGAUCAUACCUCACUGCAUCCGUGAACUCCCGGGCUCCUCCCACCUAAGUUUCUUGAGUAGCUGGGACUUCAGGAGACUGAAGCCAAGGAUACCAGCAGAGCCAACAUUUGCUUCAAGUUCCUGGGCCUGCUGACAGCGUGCAGGAUGCUGUUGGAACCCGGCAGAGGCUGCUGCGCCCUGGCCAUCCUGCUGGCAAUUGUGGACAUCCAGUCUGGUGGAUGCAUUAACAUCACCAGCUCAGCUUCCCAGGAAGGAACACGACUAAACUUAAUCUGUACUGUGUGGCAUAAGAAAGAAGAGGCUGAGGGAUUUGUAGUGUUUUUGUGCAAGGACAGGUCUGGAGACUGUUCUCCUGAGACCAGUUUAAAACAGCUCAGACUUAAAAGGGAUCCUGGGAUAGAUGGUGUUGGCGAAAUAUCAUCUCAGUUGAUUUUCACCAUAAGCCAAGUCACACCGUCGCACAGUGGGACUUACCAGUGUUGUGCCAGAAGCCAGAAGUCAGGUAUCCGCCUUCAGGGCCAUUUUUUCUCCAUUCUAUUCACAGAGACAGGGAACUACACAGUGACGGGAUUGAAACAAAGACAACACCUUGAGUUCAGCCAUAAUGAAGGCACUCUCAGUUCAGGCUUCCUACAAGAAAAGGUCUGGGUAAUGCUGGUCACCAGCCUUGUGGCCCUUCAAGCUUCGUAAGCCUUGUGCCAAAACUUUCUAAAACAGCUACAGCAAGAUGAGUCUGACUCUGGCUUAGUAUCUUUCUCAUUACAACAGGCACAGAGAAGAAUGCAACAGGGCACAGGGGAAGAGAUGCUAAAUAUACCAAGAAUCUGUGGAAAUAUAAGCUGGGGCAAAUCAGUGUAAUCCUUGACUUUGCUCCUCACCAUCAGGGCAAACUUGCCUUCUUCCCUCCUAAGCUCCAGUAAAUAAACAGAACAGCUUUCACCAAAGUGGCUAGUAUAGUCCUUAAAUAUCGGAUAAACAUAUGCGUUUUUGUACCCCAGAACAACUUUUCCUCCCUCUUCAUCAACAUAGUAAAAUAAGUCAAGUCAAACAAAAUGAGACCACCAAAUUUUGGGGGAAUAAAUUUUUAUUUAACACUGUAAAGGAAAGAGAGACAAAACAAGCAAAGAUAGGUAGGACAGAAAGGAAGACAGCCAGACUCAGUGACUGACUUGGCACGAAAAUGAGGAAAUGCAGACAGACCUCAACACUCAACAACAUCCACACAGCACUACUGGAGGAAGAGGAAGAUUUGUGCAGACCAGGAGCACCACAGACUACAAUUGCCCAGCUUCAACUAAAUACUUGUUAACCUCUUUGGUCACUUCUCUUUUUAAAUAAAUGCCCAUAGCGGU